AUGUCUUCCACGGAGAAAAACAGUCGCAUUUUGUUGGACACCCCUUGCCAGGUCUGUAUGGACCAUUCCUCUGGCAAGCACUACGGAAUAUUUGCUUGUGACGGGUGCGCCGGUUUUUUCAAACGAUCCAUUCGACGACAGCGUAAAUACCGGUGCAAAUCGAAAGUGAAAGAGGGAUGUGCUGUCGAUAAGACUCGGCGAAAUCAGUGCCGGGCUUGUCGACUCAAGAGCCAAAAAAUAGCGGCCCAGAUGCUUUUAAUCGGUUUAAACUGGAUCAAAUCGAUCCCAAGCUACCCCUUCAACCUAUCACUGGCCGAUCAGCUGAGUUUGUUGGCAGAUUCCUGGAAGGAACUCUUCAUGCUCUCGGCCAGCCAGUUUAGAUUGUUGGAUUUUUUAAAUGAUGCCAGGCAGCAUUUUGGUGAUGGUGGUGGUGGUUGUGGGCAGUUUACAAAUGAAAAUUUUGAAGGUUCACCGAAUAAACGUGGCGAGAAUUUUUCCGGUAAAAAUUUUGAAAUUGCCUCAAAAACAGAUUGCGUCGUUAAGAUGCGGGAUAAGGAUGCUGCUGGCGAAGAUGAUGAAGAAGGAGAUGACGAUGAUGAUGAGGGAGGUGAUGAUGAUGAGGGAGGUGAUGAUGAUGAGGGAGGUGAUGAUGAUGAGGUUGUGGUGGAGGAUUGUGCAGUCGGUUCUUCAGUUUGCGACCGGAAGUUCCUCAAUCUUCGAGAUUCAGGUCAAAAUGGCGAGCGGAAAACAAGUUAUGAUGCUCUUUCAUCUGCCGUUAAUAAUCUCAUCGUCGUCAACAACCGCAGCAGCAGCAAUUACAGCAACCACAACAACCACAACCACAACAACAGCAACCACAACAACAGCAACAACAACAACUCAACAACGAUGUUAACAAAAAUGCGAAAGUUGUGUCCAAAAGUCGAAGACAUAAUAAAGCGAUUGAAUGAUUUGGAAGUGGAUGCUGUUGAAUAUUCAUAUCUCAGAGCCGUCGUCUUCUUCAAGCCAAUUCUGGCCACGAGGACAUUGAUUGACAGCUGCCUGGUGUCGAACAUGCAAGACCACGCCCACCUCCUCUUUAGCGAAUACGUAAGUCAGACGUAUCCGGAUCAGAUAAACCGAUUCGGUAAGUUGUUGCUGGCCAUCCCUACAAAUUCCGCCAUUCCCGACGGAGCCAUUGAGGAAUUGUUCUUCAAAGAGGCCAUCGGCGAGAUACCCAUGGAGAAGAUCAUCGAGGAUAUGUAUCGAUCUGGGGUCAUUUGAUGAAUGAAUGAAUAAAGAAUCGUUUUUACUGACUCAAAAAUUUCUUGUUUGAUUUAAAAAGUUGCAACCCCAACUUUAUUAUACUUUUAUGGAAAGCGUUUUCCAAUAGAUGAAACCAGCUAUCAUAACUGUUAACGAACCUCAGACAAACGUCCAACUUUAUUCUUGACAAUGUUUUUUUUUAAUGAAAAUCGCUUCCUAACGAACUCAAAAGUGAGCUUUGUAAUCUGCUGUGAAACAACUGAAUUUUGAAGUUAAGGCAAAUACAGCACACGAAAAUACACACUUAACAGAUCACUACGUCUUUAAAAAUCACUAAAAUAAUAACAAAAAGCACAUUUUAUUUACGAUGUUCAAUUCAUAAUGAUGAUAA